AUGGGACCCAAUGCAUGGAUGCCUAUUGAGGACUCUGUGAUCCCUGGCUUUGCCAAGCUGGUGGGUGCAAAAGACACUGAAGUUACAGCAAUGAAUUCACUGACUGUCAAUCUGCACCUGGGCCUGGUUCCAUUUUACAAGCCCACGCCUGAUCGUUACAAGAUCCUGAUGGAAGAAAACCCAUUUCCUUCCGAUCUGUAUGCUGUUCAGUCCCAAGUGCGUUGGCAUGGCUAUGAACCUGAUUCUUCCAUAAUAUUUGUCAAAGCUGAGAAGCCUGGUGGAAUCUGGCGGGAUGAAGAUGUUGUUAAUCUGAUUGAUGAAGUGGGAGAUAGUGUAGCUCUGGUUCUCUUGAGUGGUAAGUCAAGGUGGUCGUCUUCGGUACUAUAA